AAGCAACCGAGAUGCACAGCAAGAUCACAGAGUGAGGUAGAGAGAGAGAGUCGAAAGAGACCUAUAUUACAGAGAGUGAGUUAUCAUUUGGAAGGAUAGGGGUAUUUACUAGCAGAAUAUUUGACUUCAGUUUAGUUUAGUGAAAAACGGAUAACUAGAAGAGACUGCAGACCUGCAAUUCAGACCUGCCUCUGUCGCAGGUGAGAAUGGCGGUGAAUCAAAGGAUCUUUAACUCGACCAGACCAUUCUCAGGGUCACCCCAAAUAGAGCUGAAGGGGUCUUACCCAAGCCGCCCCAGCCCAGAAGACAGGACGAGUGACGAGGAGGGGAAGGAGAGCGAAGGGGACUUCAUGGCUUGUUUAAAACCCAGACUAAUUCAAGUCCUAACACAGGGCACAGCAGAACAAGUGGGUGAAGCAGGUCCACUGAACUAUCAAAAGAACUCGUUCAUAGCCCAGGCUGAAUGUGAAACCCAAGACUCCCAGCAGUUCAGCCCUUCCUGCUCCGAACGCUCCUAUGUCGGGUCCCCCAACUGCUUAAUCAACCGGGACUCAUCAGAGCACAACAAUGUGGCGAGUUCCACCGCAGCCUCCAACCAGGACAAACCAGGCUCCCCGGCCCACUGCUCACCCAGGAAGAAGCCAAGGAAGAAACAGAAGAGGAAGGAGAAGAAAGAGGAGCAGAGGGAGACAGGGAAGCAGAGACAGAGACGUAGAGUACCUUCUGGUGUCCCUGAGCAGGAGACCCAGACUGGCAGUUCUCCUCAACUGAUCCAGACCCAGGAGGACGCUUCAGAGCCCCUAAGUAACAUCAGCACUUCCUACAGUAGCAGUAUCCCGAGUUUAGAGGCUCAUGACACAAGACGCCCCCCUUACCCCCUCCAGGACUGCAACAGGGGCCCCAGCCAUUCCCACCCCUGCUGGGGCCCCCAGGUGUUUAGCCCCUCCUGCAACCUCUCCACCUAUGGGCAGGAGAGUGACUCGGACUCUCCUCUCAGCAGUGUGGGAGACUGUUCGUUGGCCCUAGCAGGGCUCAGGGGCAGUGUCAGUCUGGAGGACCGAUGCUACGCAGGUCCCUUCUGCAAAGACGUGGAAAGGGAUGUCAGGGAGAAGGAGGGAGACGUCUCAGAGACUGACACCAACGAGGGCCUGAUCUUCAAUGAGAAUAUUCAGCCUGUGAAUUAUGAGUACAGGGAGGGGAAGGACUACAGCCUCUGCAAGUCUAUCAACACAGGGUCAUACGGGGAAGUGCACAGUGUGCAAGACAACAGAACACACUUCAGAUUUGGCGCCAAAAAGAUUCUCCUGAAGAGUUUUAGUAGUGAGGAAGUGGGUACGUGGAGUGCCCUGAAGUCUCCUCGCGUGGUGGAACUCUUCGGAGUGAUCAGAGAGGGGCCCUACGUUGUCCUCUUCAUGGACCUCAAAGCUGGCUCUGUGGGUCAGCUUAUUAAAGAGAGGGGUCGGCUACCUGAGGACCUGGCCCUACACUACCACUGUCAGGUUCUGGGGGCGCUGGAACACCUGCUGAAGAGACGAGUGCUGCAUCUGGACAUAAAGGCGGACAAUGUGUUGCUGUCAGAGGAUGGGAGGGACACUUUUCUGUGUGACUUUGGACACUCGGAGAGAAUGGACAUUGGUGGACAGAGCCUAAGUGCAUCCCAAGGAGAUCUGAAGGGGACAGAGACACACAUGGCCCCGGAGAUUGUGAAAGGGGAAACCCGCGGAGCCAAAGCAGACGUGUGGAGCAGCUGCUGCAUGUUACUGCACAUGCUCAAUGGCUGCCAGCCCUGGACACGAUACUACUCCCGCCCACUGUACUUCAAGAUAGCCAAUGAACCACCGCCUCUGAGGGAGAUCCCGCCCGAUUGCAGUCCCUUCACUGCUGAUGUCAUAAAGGUGGGACUACAGAAGGAGCCAACCAAGAGGGCCUCCGCCUCGGAGCUCAAGGGAAGAGCAGCCAGAGCUCUGAGAGAAGUGGGAGGACUCAGCAGCCCCAUCAGAGGGUCCUAUAAGGAGCACCUACAGAUAGAUGACAGCCCCGGCCAGUCUAGCCAGCCCUGGCCUCCUUUCAGCAGAGACACCUGCUCUGAGGAGAACCAUAAGCUAUUGCUGGAAUCCAUGAACCCAGGGAGCAGGGAGCUGAACAAUGAUGAGGAGGAAGGCAGUGAGGCAGACACAGAGGAGACAACCUCACCUCCAGACUCACCUCGCUCUCUACUGUCACAACUCCAUGAAUGGCAAAAUCCCAAGAUGGCCGACGUCACCUCCAACGUGUCUGAGCUUGAACUGCGCAAACUGGAGAGAGAGUUCUACCUGACCAGUCUGUCUCAGCUGCACUCAGCAGAAACCCAGGAGCAGCUACUGUCCUGCCUGAGCAGCAGUGACUGUUACUCCAACAGGGACUUAUGGGACAGAAAGGACUCUGGCCGUUGGUCCAUCAGCCCAGGUGAUGACCUCAGCUCUGGCGUGUUCUCCUACAACAGCCAACCUGACGGACAGAUUCUCAGUAUGGACUGGCUGGUUCACCAAAGCCACCUGUCUCCACCCCGAUGCUUUGAGGGAGUGGACGUCUGCAUCACGGACGUAAAUGGGCAAAGCAUCCGGAUCCGAGAGAAACGCAGGGUGAAGGUGGGCCACAUUGCCACGGGGAUCAGCGACCAGAUCUCUGAGAGGGUGUUCACCAUGGAGACUCAGGAGCGGGAGCCAGUGGCCCAUGAUGAGGAGGUGCAGGACUCUGGCCUCCUGCUCCACUGUGUCCCUGCUCCUGACUACAGCCAGGCCUGGAGAUGGAGGGUCAAGGAGGGGGUGCUGGAGACUCGUGGCUGAGACAUCAACUCCCCCCAUUCAUCAGUAGCAGUCUCAUCAAGCAUCAGGACUGUAGACUCACUCCUGUAUGCCUGUCUCAGUCUAUCCUGCUUUUUAUGAAACUGUGUGUUAUGCAUAAAGGGACAAAUGUCAUGGGUUUCUUAUAAAUGGAUAUCUCUGUAAAUUACAGGAGCACACACAUGUGGUGUUUGUGUUUUCUUUAGAGACAAUGGUUAAUGUGAAUAAGCUACAACUGCCUUUUCUCAAAGUAAGGUAUGGAAAGUCCAACAGUGCUGUAGACCUAGCAUAAUUCUAUACAGCUGUCCAAAAAUGACAGACCUUUUCUGUACUUAGCUAGAGCACACCCAACAACAGCACUGAGCCAAUAGGGUAUUAACAUCUCAACCCUGUGUACCUUACAGUAACAUGAAAUCAUGUCAUGAAACAAAAGUUCUACUCUGGAGAAUUUCAUAUCCAUUUGUUGAUCAAUAGGAAAGAUUCAAUCCAACUACUGCAUUACUACUAGACACUCUUUGGAUUUACUUCCAGUUGAGAACUUGUGUAUAAGCAGGCAAUAGUUUAAUUCAUCUCAUUCACACCCCACAAUCUUUCCCCAAAUAUGUCACAGUUUAAUAAGGAUCGCAAUCCAUAAAAUGUUUUUAUUUUAUGUUCAUAUUACAACAUACAAAAACAAACUGUCAUUGCAAAAAGAUUGUUUCAAGGGAUAAGAGUUUUACAAAAGAUAUAUAGAAAAAGUGAAAACAUUUGAACAAUAUCAAAGCAAUUUAUUGUACAAAUGAAAAAAGGACAAAGGCACUGACAACUUAAAAGAAAUAAGAAAAAGUUCCCUUAUUUGUUAACAGUUUAACAAGGUGUAUAAAAAGAGCAUUUGAUUGUGAAUGAUUAUGGUAUAGUCUACUUUUAAAUAGCCCACCAUAGAAUACAGUACUUUGAACAGGAGGACAGUGCUGUGUGUGUGCGCAGUAGAAUUGCGCACACGCACACACACGUACCUGGAACAUCUGUUGAUCCUAUGAUCACACGUAGAUGCUCACAGACACACACCCCAAAAUGCAUACUCUAGCAAAGAGAUACCAUGAAGACGGCUGGGGAGAAUGAUCAGAUAGGAAAAAGGAGAGACUCAAUGGGAGAAGUGCAACAGAAAUAAAGCACAGCAGGAAAGCAUAGGAGAUUCUCAUGGCUAACCUGAGGGGGGGAAAUGAUUUAAUGUCAUCAGUUCAUGUCAUAAGACUUAAGUAACAAAAUGUCAUGCAGCGACUUGUUUGUUUGUAAGAAAUAAAAAAAUAAAUUAAUUAAAAGAUG